UAGAAAUAAAAGCAUCUUCACAGAAGGUGAAUGAAAAGAAGUAAAUCUCAUGUUCAUUUUACUAGAUCUACUGGUGGUUUAAGGACAUUUAAACAGCAAAGAGAAGGGAUGAAAAGGCAAUAGAAUAGCUAAGUAAGAUUCUGCAUGAAAAUGGGGCAAGUGCAAAUUUGCUGUCAUGUGCCAGCAAAGUGGCUCCUCCAGCUGCAGUGUCUGGCUGGGAGGAGAAAAGAGAAGCCCACAAUAGAUGAGAAACUCAGACUGGGAAAUGAAGAGACUAAUAUGCCAUAAUUGGUAUCUUAGGAGCUGCAUGAAUGAAAUAACCCUUCAGUACUGCUCAGCACAGGUCUUCAGAGUGUCUGGGAAAGCAGCAGAUUGUAUCAGCCCUCGGUGGCAGAACUGGGCUGCUUCAAAGUUCCUGACCACCAACCACAAACACUGUCGCUUGCUGGGCUGAAUGAAGUAACCUACAUGAGGCUCAUGCAGAUGAAUCACCACCCAAACCUGAAUCACCACCUCACACUCUGGAUUUACAUUUAAAACAGACAAGAGAUGAUUUCCAGGCUCCUUUGGGAGCUCUGCUCAGACAAGAAGCCAGCAGAAGCAGCAGGAGGGACAGCACCAAGAGAAGGAACAGUCUGAUGCAAGAUGGGCUCCAAGUCCAUGGUGACAGUUCUCCAGCAGCCCGGGCGCCGCGGAGGGAGCUCGUGUUCUCCUCGGGAGCGCGUGGGCUGAUGCUUUGCCACUCCACACACCUACUUCCUGCAAUCCUGGCAAUUACCAAUAGUGUAAAACCCAGUUUCUGACGUGGCUGACUCAGCAAGGGCUUGGCUCAAAACAAAUCCACACGCAGAAGGAACUGCAGCCUGGAAGCAGUGACAGGAGGCACAUGAAGAGAAGGAGGCAUUGGGGAUUUUCAGCAUUCCGGGUCCAACCUGGCUGAACUGUUCCUGGACUUGCUUCUUCCAACAUUCCAGCGCUGGUGAACGUGGUAGCCUCAGUUCUCUGAGUGCUUCAGCAGCCUCUCCUCUCCGCCUGUUGGACUGAGGUGCUGCUCCACCACAGUCACGACUGAGUCACCGUCUCCCUUCCCAACCACCCACUGAGAUUUUUACACUGUGCCCUGCAUGGAGAAGGUGGCUGGUUACCAUGGUACCCCAGUGCCCUUCUGUUCUAGAUGCUAGAUUAAAUCUGUUCUCAUGGUGACUGUGUGCCUUUGCUAUUCUUCACCAGCUUGUUCCUGCAGCUCAGAUUUAAUAAGCUCAGACAUCACCAUUCCUUCUCCACUGAAGAAGGAGACUGCUUCUCCACUGAAGGAGACUCCUCCAUAGCCAAGGCAGGCCAAUUGCUCCUUAGCACAGGGAGAUAGUGGGAAGUUUGCAUUUCCUGCAAUACCAGCCUCUCUGUUUUCCUUCCAGCUACAGGAACAGGGAAGGAAGAGGUUGUUCCUGUUGUGCCGCUUGCUGCUGAUCCUGCGACUUGAGUCCAGCACCUGACUGUGAAGAGUCAGCAGUUUCCUCCUGCUCCUCUCGUCAGCAUGGAUACUUGGCGGAGAGGGUCCAUCAAAUCCACAACGUUCUUCAGACGUUUCUCUCUCAGGAGACACAAAAAGCUGGGUAACCAAGUCAUCCUCCUCAAUCAGAACAGCCACACUCUGGACAGUGAUGGACAGUGCCAGAAGAGGGAAUGCUUGAGGGAUCUGAAGGACAAGUCUGAUUACCUGUCAUGCCAGAGUGAACAAAACCUAGCCAAGGCACAAGCCCCCCCCAAGCCUCCCCGGCUGUACCUGGACAGUUCUAGCUGCCCCAACAUCAUCGACCACACAGAUUCUCACUCUGACAUCUCCUUUUCUGAUGCUUCUCAUCAAUACCACAAAGCCACUCAAACUCAAUCCCACAAGGACCAGGCUACAGACUAUGGGACCUCAGAGACAGGUUCCCAGAAUGGCACCACUCUUUCUGACCUGUCUGACCCCUUCCUGUCCUUCAAAGUGGAUUUGGGGCUAUCGCUUCUCGAGGAUGUUCUGCAGACCCUCAGGAAACAGAAUCCGAGAGAUUACACCAUUUGAAGGUAUUUAUCACUUAACAUAUCCCAUUUCUUUACUGCUGCUGCCAGUUUCUCCAGUCCUAGCAGGAGGAAGGAUGCUGCAGCAUUCCUGUUGUGUGUGGCCUGUUCUGUUGUUCUCGCCUUACCCAUCACAGACUGCCCCUGUUCCUGUCCUUGCCACGGAGUCCUUCGGAGCAGAGCUCGCAGGCUCUCUGCUCAGAUGACAGCAUUGUCUGCUGGAACCUUGUGGGCAAGUUCCCAUUCUCCACACUGGGAAUUUCCCACUCCUGACUGUGCAUCUCCUCCUUGUGGAACAAUGGCAGUGUUUGGCAAAAGACUUGUUUUGGGGAUGUGGCUGUGACACUGCAGAGCAUGGACAGAAAGGGAUACGGCAACACCAUCUGCGGAUAAGCAGGCAGCUUGCAAGGAGACAGUAGCAUUGCAUCUCAAAGCCAUAGUUACGGCAAGGGUCAGAGACACAAACUGGUCUUUCUUCUCCUGCCACAUUUGGAUGUGAAUGAAAUCAAAGCUGUUCUUCCUUUUCUUCUUCCUUGUGGGUUUCUUUUCCCCUAAUUCAAGUGCAGUUGGCACUCCCAGCCUGGAAACAGGUAAGCAUCCACACAGGCUCAUAAUACAGCAACAGCAGUUUAUUUAUCCUACUAGCAGGAGAGGAACUUUCUCUAGCUACUGCUGCUUGAAGCAUGCACUGAUCUAUCAGCUGUACAGAUAUGGAAGAAUAAAUGUAUCUGUAACUGGAA